AUGUUUAGGAGAUUGACUUUUGCACAACUGCUUUUUGCCACUGUCCUUGGAAUUGCUGGAGGAGUAUAUAUUUUUCAACCAGUAUUUGAACAGUAUGCCAAAGAUCAGAAGGAAUUAAAAGAAAAGGUGCAGUUGGUACAAGAAUCAGAAGAGAAGAAAAGUUAA